AUGGCAGCGCAAGCGCCUAGUGGUGAAGGGCAGGCGGCAACAUCGAAUGCCGCAGCAUCAGAUACGAAAUGGUGGAAGAUACGUUUCUUUCACGGGAUGAAAAAUGAUAUUAGAAGACGAGCACCGUAUUACUGGAGCGAUUGGAGGGAUGCAUGGGAUUAUCGUGUCAUUCCAGCAACUGUAUACAUGUUCUUUGCGAAUAUUCUUCCAGCUCUUGCCUUCUCGCUUGAUAUGUUUGAGAAAACGCAUAUGAGCUACGGUGUCAACGAGGUUCUUCUAGCAUCCGUUCUAGGUGCCGUUGUCUUUUCUCUCCUAGCUGGACAGCCCUUAGUUAUUGUUGGUGUAACAGGUCCUAUCACAGUCUUUAACUACACGGUCUACGAUAUAAUCGCACAUAGAGGGACAAACUACCUGGCCUUUAUGUGCUGGAUUGGAAUCUGGUCACUUAUAAUGCAUUGGGUUCUUGCUAUAACAAAUUCUUGUAACGGGCUGACCUUCGUUACAAGGUUUUCCUGUGAUAUAUUUGGAUUCUAUGUUGCCUUUAUCUAUAUCCAAAAGGGAAUCCAAGUACUUACCAGGCAGUGGGGAAUGGCUGGAGAAACAUCUGCAUACCUUUCCAUCAUGGUUUCUUUACUCGUUCUUAUGUCCUGCUUUAUCUGCGGCGCCAUUGGGGAGAGCAAUUUCUUCAAUCGCCAUAUACGCAAGUUCAUUGAAGACUAUGGCACCCCUCUUAGUAUCGUCUUUUUCACAGGUUUCGUUCAUAUAGGACAAAUGAGGAAUGUCCACGUUGAAACCUUGCCUACCUCCAAAGCAUUUUUCCCUACCACCGAUCGUGGUUGGCUUGUGCACUUCUGGGAUAUCAGCGCCAGCGACAUAUUUCUAGCGGUUCCAUUUGCAAUCCUCUUGACAAUACUUUUCUAUUUUGAUCACAACGUGUCUUCAUUGAUUGCGCAGGGAACAGAGUUUCCGCUCCGCAAGCCGGCCGGAUUUCACUGGGACAUAUUCUUGCUAGGGUUGACAACUGGGAUAGCAGGAAUUCUAGGCAUUCCCUUCCCUAACGGCUUAAUUCCCCAGGCACCAUUCCAUACUGCCUCCCUUUGCGUAACACGGCAGGUAGCAGACGAGGAUGAAAACCAUAAAGGAAAGUCUGUCCGGAUUAUUGAUCAUGUCGUUGAACAACGUGUUAGCAAUCUCGCUCAGGGACUGCUCACGCUUGGAGCAAUGAGUGGACCCCUCCUUUUUGUCCUACACUUGAUACCCCAGGCAGUAAUGGCUGGUCUCUUUUUUAUUAUGGGAAUUCAAGCUCUCCUAGCCAACGGAGUAACACAGAAGUUGACGUUCCUUUUGCAAGAUAAGGAGCUUACCUCGUCUUCAAACCCAUUGCUAAGAAUUGAACGGAGAAUAGCCAUUUGGGUAUUUGUUGCAAUUGAACUAUUGGGAUUUGGAGCUACUUUUGCGAUCACACAAACAAUUGCUGCUGUUGGAUUUCCAGUCUUCAUUCUCUUGCUUAUUCCCAUUCGGUCAUUCCUGCUCCCAAAAUGGUUCACUCAGAGCGAGCUUUCCAUUCUCGAUGCACCCACUGCCAGUUCCUUCACCAUGGAGAGUGUUGGUGGAGCUUAUGGGGAUGCUCAACCCGAAUUAGCUGAAAGAAGCCCUCAUAAUGGUGAAGAGGUGUCUGGAGGAGGAGGAGGUGUUUUUGCAGGUGAUUUAGAAACUGGGGAGCUUCAUGAGCUACAAUCAAACAUCACUAUCAGAAGAAGAAGUUGA